AUCCAUUUCUCGCUAGAUCCCCGAGCUGACCAGCCCAACUGCAUCCCAUUCCGGCCGAAGGGAACAGAGGAGAGGUUUAGGGUUCCGGCCGCCGGAGCAGAUCCCACCACACGGAGAAGCAGAGCCGGAGGGGAGAUGACCGGGAGCGCGUUCAACGCCUUCAAGUCGCGGGUGCCGGUGGCGUGGAGCCCGAAGCUGUACAUCACGCUGGUGCGCGGGCUGCCCGGGACGCGCAAGCUCCACCGCCGCACCCUCGAGGCCAUGCGCCUCCGCCGCUGCCACCGCACCGUCGAGCACCGCACCACGCCCUCCCUCCUCGGCAUGCUCACCCAGGUCAAGCGCCUCGUCGUCGUCGAGACCCAGGAGAUGUACAACGCGCGGAAGCAGGCCGACGAGCAGCGCCGCGCGCUCAGGCCCCCGCUCGUCGUCUCGCACGCCCCGCCGCCUAAGCCGGCCGCCGCCGCGCCGGAGGGCGCCGGCCAGUAGUGGCCUCCGGGCAUCAGAGUCAUCAAAAGCUCUGGUCGUGUUGAUCAAUUGAGCCGUCGUUUCAUUUGCUGGAGGCCGCCUCUUGGCUUCAGAUUUCUAGUUCCUUGUCGCGUGUUCUUGCUCCAAAGAUUGUGGCUUCUUCUCAGUUCUUGUGAUCUGUUUAUUUUUGGAUAAGUGGAGCAGCCUUAAUCGGAGCGGAACAUUGUUACAGCUUAGGUCCAUACGGUAUGAUGUUGAUUU